AUGGGUAGGAUUAAGAAGAAAGGUACAUCGGGAAAUGCUAAGAAUUUCAUUACUAGAACUCAAGCCAUCAAAAAGCUUCAGAUUUCUUUAGCCGAUUUCCGUCGUCUUUGUAUUUUCAAAGGUAUUUAUCCAAGAGAACCACGUAAUAAAAAGAAAGCUAACAAAGGAUCAACUGCACCUGUUACGUUCUAUUAUACAAAGGACAUUCAGUAUCUUUUACAUGAGCCCGUUUUGGAUAAGUUCAGACAGCACAAGACGUUUGCAAAGAAAUUGCAACGUGCCUUGGGUAAAGGGGAGAUCUCAGCUGCAUCUAAAUUGGAUUCAAAUAGACCAAAAUAUACAUUAAACCAUAUAAUCAAAGAGAGGUACCCCACGUUUCUUGACGCAUUACGAGAUUUGGAUGAUCCUUUGAAUAUGUUGUUCUUGUUUAGUAAUAUGCCUGCUACUGAUAAGGUCUCAACAAAGAUCAUUGGAGAAGCUGAGAAAUUGUGUAACUAUUGGUUAGCCUAUAUUUCAAAAGAGAGGUUAUUGAAAAAGAUGUUUGUUAGUAUAAAGGGUGUGUAUUACCAAGCAGUGGUAAAGGGGCAAGAAAUCAGAUGGUUGGUACCUUAUAAGUUUCCUACAAAUAUUCCUACUGAUGUUGAUUUUAGAAUCAUGUUAACGUUUUUGGAGUUUUAUUCAACAUUGGUAAAUUUUGUUUUAUUCAAGUUAUUUAAUGAGUCAGGGUUAAUUUAUCCACCACAUAUUGACAUCAAUAAGUUGAAAGGAGCUGGUGGAUUGAGCAGUUAUGUUAUACAGUCAAAGGAAGGAAAGAUUGCACCUUUGUUAUUGCAGCAAAAGGCAGAAGAGAAGGGCGACGCGAGUGAAGAAGGCAAAAAGCUAUCCACCGAAGAAAUUCAAAGAGCUAUGGAAGCAGAUAAAAGUAAAGAAAAGGGGGGAGAAGAAGAGGAAGAAGAAGAAGGAAAGAACUCUCAAGAGGCACAACCAAAUGUUGAAGAUAUUGAAUUGGAUGAGUUCCAAAACGGGUCAACAAACAACACAGCAGAUACAUUAAUCCAGCCAUCGAGAUUCUCAUCGCCGACAUCCCAGCUUUUCUCUAAAUUUGUUUUCUUUAUUGGAAGGGAAGUUCCUUUAGAUAUUCUAGAAUUUGUCAUAUUAUCAUGUGGUGGGAAAGUCAUUUCAGAAAUAAGUCUCGAUGAUUUGAAAAUGAAUGAUCCAAAAUUGUAUGCAUCCUUAGAUAUGGAUUUGAUAACUCAUCAUAUUUGCGAUAGAAACAAAAUAGCACUGAAAAUUCCAGGAAGAACUUACAUACAACCACAAUGGGUUUUUGACAGUAUCAAUAAACAAAGAUUGGCUAAUGUUGGUGAAUACGCGCCGGGAGAAACAUUGCCACCGCAUUUGUCACCAUGGGGAGAUGCACAUGGAUACAAUCCACUUGAGACUGAGGAUGUUGAAAAGAAACAAGAAGAAAACAAGGAGAAUGAGGAGGAGAAUGAGAAUGAGAAGAAGGAGGAGGAGGAGGAGCCUGCUAACCUUAUCAUGCUUAGUAAAAAGAAGAGAAAACUUUACGAUAAGAUUAAACAUUCUCGUAAUAAAAAGAGCGAGAGAAUUGAGGAGUUGACCAGGAAAAGGAAGGAAUUAGAAAAGAAGUAA